AUGGAAACUGACCCAGGGGGGUCAGGAAACGGCGCUUCCACCAUGGCAAUGGAGAUGGAGUCGAAGGAGCAGACCAUAGAGGAGUUGAGAGCCGAAUUGGAGAUGGUUCGACAGGAGCUGUCAAAAAAGGACGAUGAUAAGAAGACCAUUGAAAGAUUGAUGAUGAUCAACGAAGCCCAGCAGCGGACAAUUACCGACCUAACAGUUAAAUUAACCUCCUACUGA